GUAGUGGGUUCAAUUUUUGUGAUAUAUUGUAUUGGGAGAAAUAUUCUUAUACGGAUUUUAGAAGUGCAAUACUAUGUUGAUGAUUUGAAAUAAUAAAAUACGACUGUGGUGAUUGUUACAGCAGCAAACUAUCGUGAAUAUAUUGUAAAAAUACCAUUUUUGUUAUUUCUAGCAGAAACGCAAUAUUCCAGUAUUUCUCGGUUUAUCAGACAAAGGAGUUUUGAUUCCGUCAAAUACACCUUGCUCAGAUACUCUGUUGUUGACAUCGCUUAGAUAUUCUGUUGACGUCAUGCCGACACCUCAGCGUCCCUGGUCCACCCAGUAUGCAGACGACUUCAACAAGAUCAGGUGGAGACCGCAAAAGCUGAAAAAGAGACAGGGUCCCGUGAGAGUGUUCAAGCCUCACGUUUCACGCGCAACGGAAGUUUACAUCCCUCUGGAGCCAGGUGCAUAUGCCGGUUCUGUGCAUGGGAUGGAGGAUCCACUGCCGACGCUGACAGAUGACAUCAGGAGACCCAUGACGCCGGUCGUUAACGUUGAAAACUACACACAAGCGGAACCGGAAAUACCCGAACCCGAAGAAAUCCGCGUGAAAAGUCCCGAACUGCACUGGAUCUGCUGGAAAGAGCAUAAACCCAGUCCUCGUCCGUAUACUUCACUGGGGCUACGUAGAACUGAAGGAAUUGAGCCGAAGUUGCAUGGUCAUAACGCAGGUCAACCUGUAACGUAUAACUCGACGUACCAGAGUUGGACGAACGCCUCUCUAGAAAACGAACAGAAAGCCGUCGACGCCAUGUUCGCCUUACGCCGUAGCCAGUCCUUCUACGAACCGUCCUACAAGCCGAUGACGUCAAUCUCGGUGAACGACAUGCCUCCUCGCGACACCUACACCGGAUAUGGCAACAACCCGGACCCGCGCAGCAUCUACCAGCAGUCGUUCUUUCCGUACCACCAGGCGGGUGGCGCCGGAAGUAGAGAGGGUCAGGUGAUGGGCCAGCUGGCGAAGGAGCUCAACGGUAAAGAGCCCGCGCCUUUCAACUACAACUACAGUUUCAACAAGUACCCACUGCACAUGCGCAAGAAUCGCCGUACUGCUGCCACCACAGACGACUAUGUACACGAGAGUAGCAUGUUUAUGUCUACUACCCCAGCCUGUUCCGGUCACUUUAUCAUUCACCCUGACUGGGUGUCGGAGCGCUCCGCAUUAAGAAGAUCCAACUCCAUGAUUCAAACACGGAACAGCCCCAAGAAAGACGGAUUCAGAUACUAGGAACACAGAGCAUUAGUACUGCCACUAAAGAAUGAUUAUUUAUUGCUUACUUGUUCAAAAAUAGCGCGUGGCCCAAACUGAGUUCGCGUUAACUUGUACAUGAUGUUGUGGACGUAUGUUUUUCAUGCUAAUACUGUGAUACAGACAAAUGUAUUUGUUCCAGAAUUUGCUAUUCUGUAAAACAAUGUAUUUUUCUCAUUUUUGUAAGUCGCACGUGUGUCAUUUUCUUAUCGCACGUAUGGCAUUCCUUAUAUUUUCAAAAAGUACGAGAGAUAUUUUGUAUGAACUGGUGAAUGUCGCAAUGUGUGGUGAUUUAACCUAUUUAUUUUGAAGAAUGAAUGUCAGAUCGCCUGAUUGGGACAGUGCAGUAUAUCUAUAGAAUCAAGGAUCUUAUGAACAUAACUUUUUUACAUAUGAUAUUUAUUAUGAUGUUAUGCAGUAUAACUGAUGCACUUACAUGUUUUUUAGUAUACCUGAUGAAUGUUUGUGCCUGGAAUAACCCAUUUAUGCCUAGCGUCUAGAAAAAGGGCCUUGGCAAACAGCAUAGAUCCAGAUGAGACGCCGCAUGAUGCCGCGUCUCAUCAGGGUCAGCGCCGUUUGCUUUUUCUAAAGGAAUUGCUGUAAUAAAUAUUCUAAAAAUAUAAAUAAAUAUAUUUGACAUCCCUUAUUUUGGAAAUAAAUUGAUCCAAUUUAGAAGGAUGGGAGAGUCCACUAGGCAUAAAUGGGUUAAAAUGGGCAUACGUGUGACGUUCCAAUUCACCGUGACGUAAGUUGGGAAUAUAAACAAGUAAUUCAGCACUGUAGUAUGUUUUCAAUAUAUAUAUAUAUAUAUUUAUUUAUUUGCUUGAAUGAACAAUUGCGUUUCUGCCAUUGUGCCUGUUCGUAUGCGGAUUAAGUAUCAUUUUGCCACACCAGUAUUAUCUAAUACAGUCAGUGCAUGGUUCAUGACUUCCGGUCUCAGAAUUGUCCUGACUGAAUUUUGGGUUGAGUUUGCUGUGAUAUAUAUUCGCGCUUCUGUAUUAUAUUAAACAUUUAUUAUGGGUUAGACGGAUUGUUUUUAAGUGGAACAACUUUAAUCUAUAUCAGUUCAACAUUUAUAGAGAUGGUUGUCUCCCUUUCACAAGUGUACGUUUUCUUGUUAAAUGAAUUGAUAGGGAUAUUCAGUACCAUGUGCGCAUCAGUGUUUUUAUCCCAUUUGAGUGGCGACUAGCAUACACGGGUAUGUAGACUUACGAGUCAGACGAAAAUUUGACAUCCUGAGUGAUAUCGGCUCCUGGUGUAAUAGACUUCGGUUGGAUUAAAAUGUAUAAGGAUUUACAAAUUAAGAUAGUUGCAUUUAAUAGGCGCAUGUCGAUGAAAUCUGACGAAAAUCAUCUACUAUAUAAAUUAAUUGUGAUUGCAAGUAAAAUGAACACGUGACAUUUUGCCGUAAAAAGUUGGAGUUUUUUAUUCCUAUUUUAAUACCCGCAAUGUCCUAAUUCUCUAACACGUUACUUUGUUCUCUGUUAAAUGUACUUAAUAAAUAUAAGCCUUGCUUUAUAAAUAUGUACCAUACGUUAUUAUCUGUCUUUUGCAAUUCCUGACUUAUAUUCGCACAAAUAAAAAUAUUUACUAUA